CGACAAGAUAAAGAGUUGAAUUCGACGACAUAAGAUGGAGUCGAAACGACAUCUCUCUCCUCCCCUCCCCCUCUCCAUCAAAUCCAACCGCCCACGCCACGCGGUGUCGUCCUCGCGGCUCCAUCCUCCCAUCUUCUUCCUCCUCCUCCUCCUCAUCUCCGCCGCGGCAUCCUCUCUCCUCUUCCUCGCCCCGACCCGAUGCCAUGGCCGACCCGACCCGACCCCGACGCCAUGGCCGCGCCAGUUCCACGCGGCCCUGUUCAUGAACAACUCGGGCGCGCUCCAGCUGGUCGACCUCUGGUACGACUGGCCCAACGGCCGCAACCUCAACGCCAUCCGGGACCAGCUCUCCCCCUCCAUCCUCCACGACGUCGAGUGGGACAACGGCACCUCCUUCUUCUACACCCCCGGCGGCGGCGGCGGCGGCGGCGGCGGCGAGGGGAGCUGCCGGACCCUCCACUUCGAGGUGGGGAUCCUGCGGCCCGACUGGCUCGAGGGGGCGAGCUACCUGGGCCGGCGGCGCGUGGACGGGUUCCUGUGCGACGGGUGGGAGAAGGUGGACUUCAUCUGGUACUACGAGGACGUGGCCACCAAGAGGCCCGUCUACUGGGCCUUCUUCAACGGGAUGAAAGCUCAUGUGAUGACAUUUGAAGUGGGAGCUGCCCUGGAAGAUGCAGAGUGGCAAGCCCCUGCCUAUUGCUUCGGGGAGAAGGGAGGAGAAGAUGCUGCUAAACUCGCCGCCACUUCCGGCGAUUCCGGUGGAUAUCCGGUGGACGGACUCGGAACACUUAGACGUUCGAUGAGUUUGACGAGUCUAUGAACACGAGCGAGCGAGCUCUUGGUCGUGUAAUAAAAGUCGUAUUAUGUCAGUCCGAGAGAAAGUGGUUGUGUUCUGAUAAACGUUGGCCCGAGUUGGCGUCGGUGUCGCCAAACUACGCUGCAGUGAGCACUAGACCAUGCUCCAAGCACUGAUACAUUAAUUGACUCGUCAAAUAAUUCAACCUCAGAACA